AUGGAAGUCGCUCCUAGCACUUUCUCCGCCAUUGACGAUGACUGUACCAGGAACUUAGAGAAACAUCUUAUAUCUUCAGAUUUUGAAGUAUCUGAUCAUGGUAUCACACAAGAUACAUACGAAGAACAUACCAAUAUCCAAGAUAUAUCUUCAUCCAUUCACAGCAAAAAUAUAUCACUUGAUCCUUUCAAACAGGUCCAAUCUUCUGAUUCAUCACAGGCUGCAGCACACAAUAAAAGUCACAGAAGAGGUGUUAAACAUCAAGCAGCUCACGUAACAUUUUCAUGUUCAGAAUGCGGGAAAUGUUUUAAGCAGAAAUCGGCUUUUGUUAUACAUCAGAGAAUUCACACAGGAGAGAAGCCAUUUUCAUGUUCAGAAUGUGGAAAAAGUUGUAAACAGAAAUCAGAUCUUCUUGUACAUCAGAGAAUUCACACAGGAGAGAAGCCAUUUUCAUGUUCAGAAUGUGGGAAAUGUUUUAACCACAAAUCGGCUUUUGUUAUACAUCAGAGAAUUCACACAGGAGUGAAGCCAUUUUCAUGUUCCGAAUGUGGGAAAUGUUUUAAGCAGAAAUCGGCUUUUGUUACACAUCAGAGAAUUCACACAGGAGAGAAGCCAUUUUCAUGUUCAGAAUGUGGAAAAUGUUUUAAGCAGACAUCAAAUCUUCUUAGACAUAAGAGAAUUCACACAGGAGAGAAGCCAUUUUCAUGUUCAGAAUGUGGAAAAUGUUUUAAGCAGACAUCAAAUCUUCUUAGACAUGAGAGAAAUCACACAGGAGAGAAGCCAUUUUCAUGUUCCGAAUGCGGAAAAAGUUUUAGCCGUAAAUUGGCUUUUGUUACACAUUGGAGAAUUCACACAGGGGAGAAGCCAUUUACAUGUUCAGAAUGUGGAAAAUGUUUUAACCAGAAAUCAGAUCUUCUUGUACAUCAGAGAAUUCACACAGGAGAGAAGCCAUUUUCAUGUUCAGAAUGUGGGAAAUGUUUUAACCACCAAUCGGCUUUUGUUAAACAUCAGAGAAUUCACACAGGAGUGAAGCCAUUUUCAUGUUCAGAAUGUGGAAAAUGUUUUAAGCAGACAUCAAAUCUUCUUAGACAUAAGAGAAUUCACACAGGAGAGAAGCCAAUUUCAUGUUCAGAAUGUGGAAAAUGUUUUAAACAGAAAUCAGAUCUUCUUGUACAUCAGACAAUUCACACAGGAGAAAAGCCAUUUUCAUGUUCAGAAUGUGGAAAAUGUUUUAAGCAGACAUCAGCCCUGGUUACACAUAAAAAAACUCACAAAUAAGAGAUGACCUCUUCAUGCUUAGCUUAUUAGUGACCGCCCUUACGUGUUUUUAUGGUGGUCACUAACUGGCUUUAUUCCAAAACAUACUCAUUUUUUACAGGGAGGUAAAAUAUCACCUACCAAGGAUAGCUAAGGGUUUGGAGCAAUGAUCAGGGCCACUGUAAAGGUCCCCAAACACAUAUGGUCUCCUGUAUUGAAUGAAUACCAAUCAACUGACAGAUCCAUUUAAAAGUGAAAGUAAGUUUUCUUGUAUACAGAAAUUUUCUCUAAAGAAAAAUGGUGAGAGGAAAUAAAAAAAUAAAAAUAAAUAAAGUU